CAAGGUGCGGGUGUAAUGGGAGGGGACUGGCCGGCGCAGGACCAGUCUGCUCUUCCCAUAAAAAAACUUUGACACCACAGCGAAAGGAUCUGGCACACCAACACAUGUCGGCUCAUCAGCUACAGCUUAGAAAACUGUCGCGCUAAGAGGGGAUGCUCGGGGUCGCCGGGAUGACGGGCAGCAUUGCUAAUGCCCUGGCCAGUGCAGCCUGUGAGCGAUGUAAGAGUGGCUUUGCUCCGACCGAGAAGAUUGUCAACAGUAAUGGAGAGCUGUACCAUGAGCACUGCUUUGUGUGUGCCCAGUGUUUCCAGCAGUUCCCAGAGGGACUCUUUUAUGAGUUUGAAGGAAGAAAAUAUUGUGAACAUGACUUCCAGAUGCUCUUUGCCCCUUGCUGUCACCAGUGUGGGGAGUUCAUCAUUGGUCGUGUCAUUAAGGCCAUGAACAAUAGUUGGCACCCUGACUGCUUCUGCUGUGACAUCUGCCAGGCUGUGCUUGCAGAUGUGGGGUUUGUCAAAAAUGCUGGCAGGCACCUGUGUCGCCCUUGUCAUAACCGCGAGAAAGCUCGUGGCUUGGGCAAGUAUAUCUGCCAGAAGUGCCACGCCAUCAUUGAAGAGCAACCACUGAUCUUUAAGAAUGACCCCUAUCACCCUGACCACUUCAACUGCAACAAUUGUGGGAAGGAAUUGACAGCUGAAGCCAGGGAGCUGAAGGGAGAGCUCUACUGUUUGCCCUGCCAUGAUAAGAUGGGUGUACCGAUCUGUGGUGCCUGUAGGAGACCCAUCGAGGGGCGUGUUGUCAAUGCCAUGGGCAAGCAGUGGCAUGUGGAGCAUUUUGUGUGUGCCAAGUGUGAGAAGCCUUUCCUCGGUCAUCGGCACUAUGAGAGGAAGGGGUUGGCCUACUGUGAGACUCAUUAUAACCAGCUCUUCGGCGAUGUGUGCUAUCACUGCAACCGUGUGAUUGAAGGUGAUGUGGUGUCGGCUCUCAACAAGGCCUGGUGUGUCAGUUGUUUCUCGUGCUCCACCUGCAACACAAAACUCACUCUCAAGAACAAGUUUGUUGAGUUUGACAUGAAGCCUGUUUGUAAAAAGUGCUAUGAAAAGUUUCCUCUGGAGCUCAAGAAAAGGCUCAAGAAGCUGGCUGAGUCCUUGGGACACAAGUGAGCUGCUUCCAGCCAAACAAACCUUGAAGUGUUCCCUGCUUUGUCUGCUAUGAACUGCUACAUAGCAACACAAGGACCCAGAGUUAUAACAGUAUAUAGAUAUUAGUUAUUUAAAUCUGGGUUCCAUUUAAAAUAUAAAUAAAUAUCACUGUGUCAUAAAGGUGCCUGUUAGCAAAUUACUUUUUUUCCCUUUUAUACACAAAUGUCAUUUUUUUUUUAACAUUCCUAAAUUGGCCAGAUAAGUUUUUCUCAUAGAAGAGAUGUGGUGUCCCAGUUUAUUAUAACUUUACCACGAGCAUGAUUGCCAACUGCUGUUUAAAAUUAUCUUGAAUUUGAAGAUUGUUGUUUGACAUUAUAUUGAAUUACAUAUGUGCCUUGAUUAUAUGAACUAUGUGUCUUAAAAUGCAAAUAAUGGUUAAAAUGAGACUGAUUUAUGAUAGUUACAUCUUGUUAUAUGCAUCUCAAUUAGACAAAGUAUAGACUGAAAGCUGAAUUCCAGCCAUUUCAACCUUUGAGCUUUUUUACCUCCGUAUGAAUAAAUACAAAGUAACCACUAUGUUCUUUAGGAACGGUUUCUCCUCUUGCUAACAUGAAAAAAUAAGUGACAUGUUUCAAAAACAACUUAGAAAACGAGCCAUUACUGGGAGCAAGGCUCAUAUACAAACACUGUGAGUGUUAAUGAGUCCCCUGGUUAUGGUGAUAUAAUAAAUAUCAAAUUGCAAUGAACUUUUCCCUCCUCUCACUCUUUUAUUAGCCUGUCUCACCAGGUUAAUAUUUUGUUAAGAUAAUUACUCCAUGACUGUUGAUUUGUCCAGUGUGAGGAAACAUCCACAGUGAGUUGGGAGAAAAUAAAUCAGAGGAUGCUAAUAUGAUUAGAAACAACACAAAAUAUGCUUGCUGUAUAGCAUUGUCUCAUAUCAGUAUGUAUGGUAGUGAAAUGUUUCUGACUGUACAGUAAAUGCCUUGGGAUUGUCAACCUCAUAUUUUUAGGCAAAGUAAUGUUUGGUUCAAAGGAAUACAGAUGAAAUUAACUUUCAGCUGAUUACUUAACAUGCGAACACUUUGAUGUUAAAAUAUCAUUGAGUCAGCACAUUGCUCGGGCUGUUUGUAAACUGGCACCUGUAUUUAGAAAAAAAUGAGUUGUGCAACACAAUAAAAAAUAUAUUUGCUUUGA